GCAUAUCUUCACCUCUUAUUUUUCUCUUUCAUAUUCGGUAGUCAUGCCUCAACAUCAUGAUGCCGACGCUGAUGCGGCUCAAUUGGCCGCUCAUGGUCACAAACAAGAACUGGAACGCAGUUUCUCUUUGCUUUCUAUGUUAGGUCUUGCAUUUGCCAUUCUUAAUUCUUGGACUGCUCUAGCUGCGAGUUUAAGUGUUGCAUUACCAAGUGGUGGACCAACUUCAGUGCUCUGGGGAUUGAUUACCGCUGGAGUAUGUAACUUAUGCCUCGCCGUCUCUCUUUCCGAAUUUCUUUCCGCCUACCCAACAGCAGGUGGUCAAUAUCAUUGGGUUGCAGUCAUAAGUUGGAAGAAAUAUGUUCCGAUUCUCAGUUGGAUCACUGGAUGGAUCAAUGUUUCCGGCUGGAUUGCACUCGUCGCUUCCGGUGGUCUUUUAGGCUCUCAAUUAAUAGUAGGAGUUAUUUCACUCAUGCACCCAAAUUAUGAACCACAACGUUGGCAUCAAUUCCUCCUCUACGUCGCAUACAACAUCAUCGCUUUUAUUGUCAACGCGUUCAUGACAUCGCUAUUACCUCUUAUCACGAAAUCGGCAUUCAUCUGGUCGAUUGUCGGAUUCGUCGUGAUUUGUAUUACCGUCUUGGCGACAGCUUCUCCAGAUUAUAACGACGCAUCCUUCGUCUUCACCGACUUUAUAAACAGUACAGGAUGGCCUGAUGGAGUUGCGUGGCUUCUUGGUUUGCUUCAAGCCGGUCUUGGAUUGACCGGUUUCGAUGCUGUUGCUCACAUGAUCGAAGAGAUUCCAAACCCAGGAGUUCAAGGUCCAAAAAUUAUGAUUGGAUGUGUUUUGAUUGGUGUCUUUACAGGAUUCAUAUUCCUUAUGGUCUUGCUCUUUGUAGGAGGUAAUGUCAACGAUGUUAUUGAAAGUGCUGCGGGCCCAUUACUUCAAACUUUCUACCAUGCAACUGGCAGCAAGGCCGGAGCUAUCUGUCUCCUCAUUUUCCCACUCGUCUGCCUUCUGUUCGCGACCAUCUCCAUCGCUACAACCUCCACUCGUAUGACAUAUGCGUUUGCUCGCGAUCACGGUCUUCCUUUCUCAAGAGUCUUUUCUAGAGUUCAUCCAAAGUUGGCUCUUCCGCUAAAUGCAUUGUACCUUACAAUGACAUGUGUAUUCCUCUUUGGGCUCAUUUUCUUGGGUAGUUCAUCGGCUUUCAAUGCAAUUGUUAGUGCGAGUGUUGUGGCUUUGGGUGUUAGUUAUGCGAUACCUGUCGCAGUCAAUUGUUUGAGAGGGAGGAAGUGUUUACCGGAGACGAGAGCAUUCAAGUUGUCGGAACCAGUGGGCUGGGUUUGCAACCUGGUUGGCAUUGCAUAUGUGAUGAUCACUACAGUUCUGUUCCUCUUCCCACCUGAAUUGCCAGUGACAGGAAACAACAUGAGUAUGUUCCCUUCCUACCUCUCAUCUCAAUUUCGACAAUACUAACGUAUCACCCAGAUUACUGCGUAGUAGCCUUCUUCCUUGUCUUCGUCAUCGCAGUGGUACAAUGGUACGUCGACGGCAAGCAAAACUUUACAGGUCCAAGGAUCGAUAUGGAUGCUAUGCAACACGGAGAGGUUGUAGGGAUAGUGGUUGGUGAUGAAGCCAGUGGGACUCCUAGUGCAGAAUUUGGGGAUGUAAAGGAAGUCAAAUGAACUAACGCUUUACGAUGAAAAUACUUGCAUAUGUAUUAUGGAUAUAUCAAGUAAUAGAUGUACAAUAUUUAGACCA